CAGUUAUAUAAUGAUACGAAGUGACUAUAUGACCGGCAGCCGGUCACGGUUUAUAAAAUACUAAAUGGCCGGCAGUCUAGUGACUAUAGUUAAAGUUUAAUUUUUAUAAGAUAAACCUAUCCCCAACCCCAAACCCUUUCUAACCCUAACCCCUAACCCCUAACCCUAACCUUUUGAGAGUUAGAAAAGUCGGGAAAAAAAGUUUAAAAAAUUUUAAGAAAAAACAAUGCUAAGUCAGACAAAACACAUCGCGACCCCGACUGCGCUUAACCUUUCCGCACGCAGCGCCCUUGCCGUAUGAGCUAACAGCAAGCUCGGUAAAAGUUAACGCAAACAAAAGUUUUUAUAUUCAACUAUAGUCACUAGACUGCCGGCCAUUUAGUAUUUGAUAAACCGUGACCGGCUGCCGGCCAUAUAGUCACUUCGAUAAUGAUACGGCAGAACUUACGGUCACUUAGUAUAUCAUAUGCUUCGGCAACCUGUUUGAAUUUCCGUUCAGCCCCAGGUUCUUGAGUUUUGUCUGGAUGGAAUUUCAGUGACAAUCUUCUAUACCUUCAAAGAUAAAAAAUGAGAUAUUGUUACUUUACCCAGGUGACAGACUGCCAGCAAAAUAUUAACAAAGUAGGGUACAUAUAAAAUUCUUGUUUAACCCAAUGUUCUUAUUAUAUAAAUUUGACUUAUUAUUCAAUAGUCAAAUUUCUUUACUAAAUUACUACUGUAUGAAAACAAUAUUGCAAAAAAAUAUAGACACAAGGGUUACUUUUGACACGGGUUACUAGGACAAUGAUGAAGUCAGAAAUUUUGUACAUUUCUGUAAUAUCAUUUCUAUUUAACAAAUUUAUACAUAUCCAUUGGCUAUAUUGAAAACUAAAAAGCUGGACGAAAUAUGCCCUAGUGUAUAUACUUACGAUUUCUUUAUGUCUGCAUCGCUCGCUCCUUUUGUGAGCUCAAGAAUGCUGUAAUAAUCUUGACCCAUUUUGUUUUUCUCUUCUCUUUCAAAAUGGCCGUUCUUUUUUAUUUUACAUGUUGCCAUGACAACCUUGUUGCCAUGCAACCACGUGCUGCGUGGAUGCCACGCGUAUCCCACGCGAGAAUCCCGGGGAUACGCCUCUGAGUAUUAAUCUCGUAGGGUAAAAUGUCCCUACGAAAUACGUCCCUACGAAAUAAGUUCCCAGGUACAAUUCUCGAAGAGUAAAGUACCGGAGAUAAGAUCCUAGGUAAUAAGUUCGCAAGAACAAUAUAAAAAACAUGGCUGCAAUUUCAACGUGUCGUUUUCACCGGUUUCUGAAGAAAUCUAUGGUUUGUAAAAACCUUACUUCAUCUCUGGUUGCAAAGAAUCAAGCAAAGCAUGCUUCUACUUUCACAUAUGUUGCUGAAACACCUCAGACUGAUGGUAUAAAAUAUUGUACUAUUUACAGUAAUAUUUGUAUAAACUUGAAAAAAUCUUAUAAACCAUUAAUAUUGUAUCAAAUUUCCUUCCCAUCUUUAACAUAUUGAAUGUAUUGUCCAGCCACAAUUUGAAUGUAACAGUUAUUGUAAGCCUGUUACCCAUUCUCGUACCCAGAGCCCUUCUUACGCGCGGUGCGAUGAGGGGCUCUGGCCAAAUCCAUUUUAACCGGAUACCAUAAAAACAUGGUAAGAAAACAAUAUCCGGUGUUAGAACUAGCCAAUCAGAUGCCAGUUCGGAAUAUGGAUUUGGCCAGAGCCCCUCGUCGCACCGCGCGUAAGAAGGGCUCUGGGUACGAGAAUGCCUGUUACCCUAAUCCAACCUCAUCGGCUCGUCCCAGGGCCCUGACCCCACAGGUUCUCAUGGCAAGGUCACAAUUUCUAGAGGGCUGCAGAUCUUGUAAACAAAAUGAUGUGUCUUUACACGAUUACGCAGGCCCUGCAGAAUCUGUGUGUGAUCUUCCCAUGGUGCAGCUGGGCCUGCAGAAUCUGUGUGUGAUCUUCCCAUGGUGCAGCUGGGCCUAUGUUGGAGGCAGAUCUUAAUCCCAACCUUGAUCCCUAUGCUGAUCCUAUUAUGUAUAUUAGGAGAAGUCAAAAGAAUGAACUUAUUCCAGGCUUUAACAGAUGCAAUGGACAUUGUACUAGAGACUGAUGAAUCUGCUGGUAUGUUUGAACACCUCCACACUUAAGCCCAUUUUUCCACUACACAAAUUUGUUCGUGCAAAGCAACUUUUUCCUUUGUCUGCAUCACAUAUCACAAAGCAAAAGCGAUGCGACAAAGGAAAGUUGCUUCGCACAACUUUGAAAAACAAACUUUAAGCAUUGAUCUGUAUGUCAUAUUUACCAUGAGGGGCCGGUCGUGUUUGAAUAUUGAAAUAUUGAUAUAUAAGCAUUUGAUUCAUAUUGUAGUUAUAUUUGGUGAGGAUGUGGCAUUUGGAGGGGUGUUUAGGUGCACUGUUGGACUCAGAGAUAAAUAUGGUAAGUUAUAGUCAACAAAGCAAUUAUGACUUAUUUUGCAGACUGAGAUUUGUCCUAUGAUUUCAAAACAAAUGAUUAUGUUAUUCUAUAAUUUGUUUCUAGGUAAAGACAGAGUAUUUAACACUCCAUUAUCAGAACAAGGAAUUGUCGGGUUUGGGAUAGGCGUGGCGACUGCUGGGUCAACAGCCAUCGCAGAAAUCCAGUUUGCAGAUUACAUUUUUCCUGCUUUCGACCAGGUACAAGAUGAAGCCAAAGUAACUUUCAAAACCUCAUGAGCAUUUCAGCAAAUUAAAUGAGUAAAUCACAUUACACAUUCCACUAUUUUUAGUUAUUAAAUGAAGCAGCCAAAUUUCGAUAUCGAACUGGUAAUUUAUUUGAUUGUGGCAAGUUGACAGUUCGGGCACCAUGUGGAGCAGUUGGUCAUGGAGCUUUGUAUCAUUCACAGUCAGUUGAAGCAUUUUUUUCACAUAUACCUGGUUUGAAGGUCAGUAGUGUUAGACUGUCUUCCUCUUAUCUAUGACCUGAAUCUAUCCCUCCCUUAUUGGAUACUACCGUUAUUUGAAACUCUCUUUUGAAAGGUUGUAAUACCUCGAGGACCAAUUCAAGCAAAAGGAUUAAUGCUUUCUGCGAUCAGGGAUCCUAAUCCAGUUAUAUUCUUUGAACCCAAAGUCUUGUACCGACAGGCUGGUAAGAGAAUCUGUUUGCUGUUAUUGUAAAAUAAUACAAGGUGAAAUUACUUUUAACCAGGUUUGAUGAAUUUGUUUUGUUGUAUUUAACUUGUAGUUGAAGAUGUGCCAGUGGGUGAUUAUGAAUUGCCUUUAUCAAAAGCUGAAGUUCUUAUGGAAGGUUUGUAUUCAGAGAAAUUGUUAACUAAUUUCAAAGUUGACUAGUGGUAGCAAGCAUCAGUGACAAGUGACAUAAGUAAUAAGACUGGUCUCUUCUGGAUGCUUCUAUUUGUUUCACUGAAUAUGAGAAUGCCUGAUUACAGGGGGAAGGAUUAACUCCCCUGCCCUCUCAGAAAGACAGCUGAUUCCCCAGAGUCUCUACACACUAAGUCUAAUCUAGCCCACGUGCAGGCCCACCAAGGGCUAGGUCUAAUCAUGUGGAAUGUGUACACACUAUGUACCUAUUUUUUGUUCCAGGAUCUGAUGUUACAAUGGUAGGUUGGGGAACUCAAUUGCACAUCUUACGGGAGGUUGCAAACAUGGCAAAAGACCAAUUAGGUGUUUCCUGUGAGUUGAUAGAUCUGAGGACGAUUUUACCUUGGGAUAUUGAAACUAUAGAACAGGUUUGUACCAGAAACUAUGCACAGUGAGUCCCAGCUAUACAAUUGUUCAUGCUUGCAUAACAUGAUAAUUGUUUCUUCAACUUUCAUAUUCAACUAUUUUUUAUAGUCUGUGAACAAAACUGGGCGGCUAAUGAUUGCACAUGAGGCUCCAAAGACGAGUGGGUUUGGUGCUGAAAUAGCUAGUACAAUACAGGUGGGUAUCUCUUCUAUAUUUUAGUUCAUAUAUUUUACCAAAUUAUGAAUGUGCAACACUUUUCUUAAUGCAUACAAUUAUCUGAUAGAGAGUGUUAAAAAUCAUCUGGUAAUAGACAAAGUAAAAUUGUAUGGUGUAUGAAGACAUAGUAAAAUUGUCUGGCAUUAGACAGCAUGCAGGUCUGUUCAUGGCUAACACAACACAUGGAGUAGUUGGUUGGCAAUGAUGUGGAAAACUCUUGUCUUGACAAGUAAAAUCAUUCCCUAUGCUCUAUUUUUCUUAUUUCUUUAGGAGCGCUGUUUCCUAUCACUAGAAGCUCCAAUUCAACGUGUAUGCGGCUGGGACACACCGUUUCCUCAUAUAUUUGAACCUUUUUACAUUCCUGAUAAAUGGAGGUGUUUUGAAGCAAUUAAGAAAAUGACAAAUUUCUAGUUACGUUUCCUAGAAUAUAACGUUACAAUUGAAUUCCAGAAAAUAAGGGAGAUUUAAAUUCAGGGCAGCAACUUGGUUGGAAGAAAACAGAGCUCACAUAAUUUUAUGGGUUGGAAUCCUGAAUUUAAAUCCCAUUUUGAGGAAUUCAGUUCACAACAUGAUCUAAUAAAAAUAACAUAAUAAAGGUCUUUGUUAUGCGAGCUACUGUACUCCUCCACAUUGAAAAUGACAAUGGUUGCUAUAACAAUGAAGUUCAAUGGUGAAUGGUUGCUAUAUUAGUGGGCAAGACCCCAGUUACAUAAUACCGGAUCCGCUUGCCACAGAAUCAAAUUUAACAGUUUCAGGAAUCUUGAAAUUGCGGUUGUUUUAUAACAAAAAGAUCAGAAGGUGAACGGCAUAAAGUUGAUGUCAUGUGGUUGAAUGUCACGUAUAAUUCCUGUAAACAAGUCUGACAAAGUGAACCGGUAUCGUGUUUAUGAGAAAAGUUUGGCACAAAAUUUACAGAAAAAAUAGUGUAAAGUAGUACAGGUACCUGUGAUCAUUCCUAAUGGCUUUUAGCGGCACCUUCCUCUUCUUUCUGUUAUCUUUUUGUAUUUUUUUCUUCGUAAAAUGCCUUCCUGCAGCGAAAAUUCUUGUGCCGUUUAUUAAUAUAUUCCCGCCUCAAGUUGACAACCAAUGAGAUACUAAUAUUUGCAAAUAUAUAGUUGGGAGAAUUUACCUUCAAUCGUAAAAUGGCGAGGAAAAUGCUAAUUAGUUC